CUUUCAUGUCCGACGAGCCAGUUCGUGGUGCGCCGUCGAUUGACGCAUUUUCUUUUCGAAGUCAGAGGAGUCACGCGUGGAACAUCGACGCUCCGUAGUUUCUCCUUCUCUUCUUUCCCUUUCCCCGUCUUUCUCAUUAUCCUUCGAUUCGCGCUUCCGUUCAUUCAGUUUUUCCUCACGCGUGUAAUCAAAUUAUUUCGAUACAUAUAUAUAUAUAUAUAUUACAACGUGUACGUACGGAUACGUUCAUUUUCUUUUGCUCGCGCCAAAAGGACGUUCUUCCACGAAGCUCCAUCUGUCCGCGGAAGGGACAGCGGGAAAUACGAUUUUCCCCAUUCUCCGGAAUAUCCCGGACGUGAGAGUACACUCUCUUUUCAGUGAAUUAUCGUGAAUGAAACACCGCUUCCGAUUACCUUUCGACGUUGUUGCACACACACAGUGAUUUUGCACACGCUGUAACCAUGGCGCAAACUUACAAUCAAAAGAGGAACGUGUACAGCAUCGAUCAGAUAUUGGGACACGGCAAGGAUGAAGAUCACGCGACAUCGUCCGACGCGAUCGGUGAUGGCGGAGACACGGAACUCGGUCACUUGAGCGACCAUCAAAUGAACGACUCUCUUCACGAUCCUUUGAACUUGGGCGAGUCGGACCGUUUGAAUCUGGGAGAAUCGGAUCGGCCACGCAAAGUUCGAAGAUCCCGUACCACGUUCACCACGUACCAACUGCACGAACUCGAGAAGGCGUUCGGGAACACCCAGUAUCCAGAUGUGUUCACCAGGGAAGAGCUCGCGAUGCGAUUGGAUUUGUCCGAGGCUAGAGUGCAGGUCUGGUUUCAAAAUCGACGCGCGAAAUGGCGCAAGAAGGAGAAAGUGCUCGGAAGGGAUACGAAUUUCAUGCAUGUGGAGCAGAGUGGUGUCAACGAGCUGUCCCUUCACGCCCGCCUGCUCCAAACCGCCGGCGGUGUGCCAGGUGCGGAUCCAUCGGGUGGACCAGCGGGUGCCUUUCCCUGGUUCAUCCCUCCGGUGUUCCCACCGCCGUGGCCGGCAAGCGCGCCAAAGUUGCCCCCGUUGCACGCCAUACUCUCGCAGUACAUCGGCCUACCCCUUCCGCAGAACCUGGCCUCGCUGAGCACGGUCCUCCCUGUCGGGCUCAACCCAGCCUCGACCCUCAACCACAACAACGUGAACGGGCACACGCUAGGGACGCACAUACCCGGACACCCGUUGAACCUCGGUGUGCAGAAUCUGCCGCAGAAUUUGAGCUCGAAGCACGACAAGGAGGAAGACUCAGCUUCGUCCGACGACGAGAUCAGGCGGCAGAGCGCGGAGGUGCUCAGAGUGAAGGCGGAGGAGGUUUUACGCAAGAUGUCGGUGAUCCACGGGAUUUAGACGCCGAUGCCUUGAUAGCGAAACAAAUGGGGAGUGAUGAAUCACGGAUGAUGGAUUAUAAGUGAGUGGAGAGGGGGGAGGGGAUACGAGAAGAGGUUUGAAUUCCCAAGAAUUUUGUCCGUGCAUUAUUAGGAUUCUUGUAACGCAACAAACUAGCUAGUCUGUUUGAGAUUACUCCUACGGAUACUUUGAGUUGGUUACGAGAAAUGCGUCGUUGGAAACCGCUGGCCGGUUUUUCGACGAUUUUUUAGGUUACCUUUUUUCUUUCGUUUUAAAAUUACGCAAUUUAUUCUUACAUUUUACUACUACUAUUAUUAUUAUUAUCAUUACUAUUACUAUUAUUAUUAAUUUUUUUUUUCCUUUCUUGGGUUGAGAAUUCAUGUACGUCUUUACACGUCUGAAUAAAAUGCAAUAUCGCAAGAUUUAACGAAUAAUGUCGCGGACAAUUAAUGUGGUUUCGAAUAUUACUAGAUUUUUCGUACCUUUCGCCGUUCUCAAAAGUGAUAAUCUCUAAAGUAAUAAAAUAACGUGGUAAUUUCGAUUCAAAAAACACAAGAUUGUUCGCGAUAUUUUCGUGUCGACGAAUGUGGUAAUUGUAACGAAUGUCUCAACACUGGACACUGGAAAAUUUUUUUUUUAGAGAAUCCAGUUUUAUAGAAACCAGCGACAACAAAUAAAAACGAACUACUAUCGAAGAAGAAUUUUUGUAAUAUACAUGUAUCAUACGCAAAUAUAUAUAUAUAUACAUAUGCAUAUAUAUAUAUAUAUAUUAUAUAUAGAUCACGUAUAGUUUCUUUCAUGUAAAUAUGUAGGUAAUUAAUUAUCUCGAGAGAAAUAUAUGACGCUACUAAGA